AUGGAGAAGGACAAGAGCUUGCACGUGAUCAAGUUGUCUGACUCUGAUUACAUGAGAUCCUUAGAGAACUGCAUUACAUUUGGAAGUCCAUUGCUCCUGGAAAAUGUUUAUGAAGAACUGGAUGCCUCCUUAGAGCCACUUUUACUGAAGCAGACUUUCAAACAAGGUGGUGUUGAAAUGAUCAUGAUGGGAGACCAAGCCCUGGAGUACAGCCGUGAGUUCAGAUUCUACAUCACCACCAAACUGAGGAACCCCCACUACCUGCCAGAGAUAUCCACCAAGGUGUCCCUGCUGAACUUCAUGAUCACCCCAGAGGGCCUAGAGGACCAGCUGCUGGGCAUUGUCGUGGCCAAAGAGAAGUGA